CUCGGUCCGGCCUCAACCUUCGACCGCUUAAUACGGUCACGAGAUCAGCGGUAGUAGGACUCGUGUGAAAGAAGCGAGCGUUGCUCUCGUCGUCUUCGAUGGCUCCAAAACGCGCCGCGGAGGACAACAACAGCUUUCGUGCACGGAAGAAACAGAAACUCAGUGAAGUUCGUCAAAUAGCUGUUCAAGACCAAAAUGGCUCCAUUACCAACCUUGGUCCUGUUAUCCAUGACAGCAUGAAGAACCUUCCUGGUGCUAUUGACGUUGAAAAGUUUGCGGAGAGCCGUUCAUAUGAAAUCAAUGCGAUGCAAAACGCUAUCAAAACCGCUAGCACAUCUUCUACUCAUCGCGCGUGGCAACUUUUACCAAGGCAUCUGCGGCGGAGGGCAGCUAGUCAUGAUCCACGAAGGGUACCAGUAAGAUUGAGGGCAAAGGCCAAGGCCGAGAUGGAUCCAGUGAAGAAGAAAGCCCAAGGUCGAUCUAGACCCAAACUUGGGAAAUCGAAACGUCUCCCAAAAAGUCAGGUUUUUUUGAAACGACAACGCGAUAAACGGUGGCUCGAAUCCCACAUCUGGCACGCGAAACGCAUGCACAUGAAGAAUAUGUGGGGAUUUAGACUCGCUAUUACACCUACCGAAAAGUCAUUUCGGCCAUCUCACCGCGCCUCAAAACACGGUUCUAUUCUGCACGAUGCAUCCUAUCAAAGUCUUAUUGAGUUGAGAGGACCUCAAGCAACCCUUCGAUUGAUUUUUGAGAUGGUUUGUGAUUGUGUGAAUGUGGAUCCGACGAAGAAACGAUUCAUCGAUGGCUCUCGAACCGUGGAAGCGGACUUUUACCAGCCCGGCUUUUACCCAUUCAAGCUCAUUGGUCCAGUCAUAAUUCUUUGGCGCCCUCCUCCUCCUCCCCCUCCGCAAGAAACCUCGGGGUCGCAAGGAAAGAAGGGCAAGGGCAAGGGCAAAGCAAAAGCAAAAGCAAAAGCAACUCCUCAAGAUGAACUGACAAGAACAGCUUGGAUAUUUUGCCACCCUGGCCUAUUUGAGGACGUCUUCACUGCGUUGCGUACCGCUACCUCCAUAGCUCUUUCCUCGACUUCCAAAGUGGAAGUAGAGCUUGCAGAUCUGCGAGGCCAGCUGAAUGUCUUCGAACUGAUGGGGCCAAAGUCUUGUCAAGUUUUGAAAGGGGCUCUUUCGCCCGUGAUGGAUGAUGCAGAGUUCAAACAAUUCUGGGAUUACCUGGGCAAGAUACAAAAUUCAGGCUCUCUACCUCGAAAUAUGGUCGUUGGCUUCAAGGUUCAUGAUCCACGUUUAAAUUUCCCUCCCAAGAAUUCUAAACCUCAAAAUUCCAACCAGCCGUCGUUCUCUUCGUCUACAUACCCAACCUCAGCUCUUGCGCGAAGCGAUUUAUGGGACGAAACAACCCGCGUGAAGUUAAAGCAACCCAGGUUCAAAAAGCAGGAUCUAGAUGAGCGGAGGGCCAAGAGCCACCUUAUCCCCGGCACUCCACUUUCCUCGCUCCCGCAAGACGACUGUGUGCCUCUCAUGCUGAUUCAAACAUCCAUCGUAGCUUCCGAACAAGAUACAGAGGGCGUCCACGGUUUCACACUCCUAUUACCUGCAGGAUGGUCAAUGGCAUUCCUUUCAUCUCUUAUCCACACCGGUACUCGUGUCGGUGGUCAGCGGGAACGUGCACAUCAGGCUUUCGAGGCUGGUCGACCGUAUUUUCCUAGAGAUUUUCCCGGAACGGAUCUGUAUAGCUUGCAUACUAGAGAGACCGAAGAGGAUGAGAAGGCGAAAUGGGAGAGAACACCACCUGCGAAGAAACCAAACUAUGAAAAGUUGGGGACGAGAAGCCCGUGGAGAGCGGAUUGGGAGGUUGUGUUGGGGUUGAAUACCAAAGAAGGUGCAAAGAAGAACGGAGCAGGUUUCCUCAGUACACAGCGGGAACCUGAACUCGAACAUGAGUCGGGGAAUAACGACAUGGAUGUGGACAAAAGUGUAGAAAUCGAAUAUGACAUCCCGCCUUGGGUACUUCGCGGGAAAGGUCUUCUGGAGGCGGUGUCGAGGGAUGUCAACGUCGAAGGGGUUCCAGGUGCAGCAGCAAUUGCACUGCAUACCGCCAUCGAAAACGCUAGGAAGAAUCACCAUCUCGAUUUACUUCCUCCAGAAAUGACCCCCGAAAUCUUGUUGAAGAGUGCUCUAGUAACGAUCAAGCUCAGUCCUUGCGGCAGAGGCGCGCCUACCGAUUUAGCAGUUAUUAGCUCCAUACCGGACGCAGAGGUCAAGGACUGUUUACUCCUGCGAAAUGACGCGGGAAAGCUUACAAAUGCAAACACGACCGACACUGCGUCCAAUCCCUCCACGGACUCGAUCAUAGGAUACGUUACAACAGGAGGGUUUUCUCUAUCUCGAGGUGAAGGGUUUGCGAUCGGAUGUAUUUCACUUGUCAAGUAUCUCGAGCUGAAACGUCAAAGGGAUAGGUUGCUUGAGAGUGCUGAUGUCAAUAAGGACCGUAGAUCUCGGUUGUUUGUCAAAGUGAGAGAACGAGAUGGACAACAGUGUAGAUUGGCGAGUGUUACUCCGGUGCAUUGAUUAGUCCUGUUCAAUGUAAUCAACUUGUCAUCACAGUCUGGCGCAGUCGCAGUUAUCAUUAUUCCAGUCAAGUUUUUGGAAACGUACAAAUAUAUAUGAGUGUCAAACUCAACCAGAACGCACUCGUGGCUUGCUAUCCUUUUCGUUCAACAUUCCCAUCACGACGUUCAGCACACCAAAAGCUCAUUUAUCUUUGGUGCCCGCCGUACAGUCCGUCGCGAGUGCAAAGUACUGAACCAGGCCUCAAACGCCCAAGGGGAGUGCACACUGGCAGUCCGG